AUGAAUACUUCAAAAAAUCCUCGUUUCAACCGUCAAAAAGGUCUACCAGCCAUUCCUUUUCAAUACCAUGAAGCUUAUGAUGAUCGGUAUAGAACAGCUGGGCGAGAUACGUAUAUCGUAAAUGAUGAAUAUAUAGAUAAUGAACAAUCUGAAAUACCUUCAAUUCCUGAGAGAGAUACUUAUCUUAAUACCGAUGAACCUUCUGAUAAUGAUGUCGACUACGAAGAAUAUAAUCCUGAAUCUCCUAUUUCUUCCCCAAAUAAUGAUCAUCCUUCUUCACCACCUCCUUCUCCUAAAAAAUAUGAUCGUUCUGUAUCUGAUCCUAUUUCUAUUAAUGAAAAAUCUCAAUCAUUACUUAGUUCACUUCCUACUUUGGCUCCUUCUUCUCCAAUUUCUCAUCAACUUCCUGCUGAAUAUUUUCCUGAUAAUUUUGAUAAAGAUGAGAAAACAAAGCCUGUUGAACAAUCUACUCAAGAAUUAACAAUAGAUGAUCUUUAUCAUUUUGUUCUCAAUAUACGAAAAGGAUUUCAAUCGCAAUUCAAUGAAAUGAAUUCACAAAUUAAAGAAUUAAAAAAAGAGAUCAGAAGAUUAAAAGGUGAGGAGUCUGAAGAUGAAGAUCCAAAUGAUGAUGUUAAAGAUGUAACAAAUGUUCGAAGUGCUACAAGACAAAUGGAAAGAUAUGGUGGUGCUGGAAGAUGGUAG